CACCAGGCACGUCAUCAAAGAAGCAGCCAAGAAGAGCUGCUUCAUUUGCUACAAGAUGGGGGCCAGCAUCACCUGCUGUGAGACGGGCUGCGACCGCACCUUCCACCUGCCCUGCGCCCCAGACGGCGAAUGUGUCACCCAGUACUUCGGGGCCUACAGGUCCUUCUGCUGGGAGCACCGCCCACAGCAGGCAGUGCACGCUCGUCCAAGCCAGGACAACACCUGCAGCAUCUGCCUGGACACCGUGGAAAACAGAAUCUCCUACAAAACCAUGGGCUGCCCUGCAUGCCAAGACGCCCGCUUCCACCGGCAGUGCAUCCAGAGACUGGCUCUGCACGCUGGCAUCGGCUUCCGAUGCCCGUGUUGCCUGAACCAAGAGCCAUUCAUGAUGGAAAUGCUCACCAUGGGGAUCCGACUCUCCAAGAGGUUGGGUUUUCUCCUCCCAGCUCACAAGGUGUCAAGCACAAGUGCAGUGCCAGCCUAA